AUGCAAACUCACGAUCCAAAUAGGGAGCUUGUACCCUGCGACCUCUGCAACAAGUCAUUUAAAACAAAGGGAAACUUAACCAGCCACAUCCGACAAGUCCACCAGAAACAAAAAAUGCAUGCUUGUACUGUCUGCGGCGUCAAGUUCGCCAAAAUGUCAACAAGGAAACGUCAUGAAGCAACGCACACCGACGUAAAACCCUAUCAGUGUGAGAUCUGUGGUAAAAAUUUCCGGGAGAAGGGUCAUUUGAAACGCCAGGUCGAAUGGCACAAAGGGGAGCAAAAGAAUCAGUGUGAUGUUUGUGGCAGGUUGUUCUCUUUUAAGGAUAACAUGCUUAAACACAGACGAAUCCACACAGGUGAAACACCCUAUUCUUGUGAUCUUUGUAACCAGUCAUUCUCUUACAUUGAACAGUUGAAUAAACACAAAAAGAAGUUGCAUACAGUUGUAAUGGCCGAAGAUGUUCAGUACGAAACAACAUUAGAGAUACCCAGUACUAAACCAGAUCAGGUACCUAGCUCCAAUAUUCUUUCAGAUGCUAUUCAAGCCUGUCUGUCGUUGGAUAUUGAGUCAACCAUUGAGGUCAUGUGA